AUGUCGAAAAAGCAAAUCACGUACAAAGACCUCGAGGAGCUCCUCAAAGAUGACAACAAGGUCAAGCUAGCAGGCAUCGACGUCGACGGUAUCGUCCGCGGCAAGUACGUCUCCAAGAAGAAAUUUCUCUCCGCCGCAAAGCCCGACUCGGACUUUGGCUUCUGCUCCGUCAUCUUUGGGUGGGACAUGCACGAUCUCGUCUAUUCCAACGAGCUGCUCGUCUCCAACAAGGCCAAUGGCUACCGCGACUUGUCGGCCAAGAUCGACCUCGACACCUACCGUCGCAUUCCGUGGGAGGACAAUAUGCCCUUCUUCCUCAUUCGCUUCUUCAAUGCGGAUGGCACGCCGCUCCCCGUCUGUCCUCGAAACCUGCUCCGAUCGGUGACCAGCAAGGUGGAGUCGGAUCUGGGCUUGCUCUGUAUGGCUGGCGCCGAGUUCGAGUACUUCCAGUUCGCAGAGACAGCGCAGACCGUCGAACAGAAGGGCUUUGUCAAGCUCACACCUUUGACACCGGGCAAUCACGGCUACUCGAUGCUGCGUACCACGCUCAACAAGGACUACUUCCUCGAGCUCUUCGACGCUGCCGAAGCGUUUGGCAUCGACAUCGAAGGACACCACACCGAGACCGGACCAGGCGUUUACGAGACGGCUCUUGCCUACACCGAGGUGACACAGAUGGCCGACAUGGCUGUCCUCUACAAGCUGCUCGCCAAAUCGGUGGGUAUGAAGCACGGUAUCAUCCCAACAUUCAUGGCCAAGCCCUGGGCCAACCUCGCCGGCUGUUCUGGACACAUCCACGUCUCGCUUCGUGACCCAUCAACGGGCAAGAACGUCUUUGCGCUCACCAAGGAGGAGAUCGACGCCGGCGGGAGAGCGGAUGCCAAGUACGACGACGUCAAAUACCUUUCCACCGUUGGCGAGCAGUUUCUGGCGGGAGUCAUGACAGGUCUGCCGGACAUCAUGCCUCUCCUCUGUCCGACCAUCAAUUCUUACAAGCGUCUCACCACUGGCGAAGCCUAUUGGGCGCCCAACAUCUGUUCCUACGGCUACGAUUCACGUCUCGCGUCCGUGCGCAUCCUCGGCCCGCCGGACGUGCCUGAGUACGGCACGCGCUUCGAGGUCCGUGUUCCCGGUGCAGAUCUCAACUCGCAGUACGCUUUCGCCGCCGUCUUCGCCCUGGGACUCUACGGCAUCGCCAACAAGCUCCCCCUCCCCUUCGCGCCCAUGGACACCACACGUAGCAUCAAGGAGCAGAACCUCGUCUACCUGCCCACAUCGCUCGAGGCGGCGACACAGAGGUUCAUGGCCAAGGACAGUCUGGCGAGAAAGACGCUCGGUGAUACCUUGGUGGAUCACUUCGGUGGCACGAGGUUGCACGAGGUGCAGCUGUUUAAUCAGACGGUGACGAAUUGGGAGAUGGAGAGAUAUAUGGAGCUCAUCUAG